UCAACCAAAGAAUGGAUGCUAUCCUAACAACACAAAUACUGGAGAAUUCAUUGACAUGGCAAAAAAAAAAAGGAUUGAUUCAAGUGCUGCAAAUUCAUCAACUCCGAAGCCUCAAGAAGUGAUAGAGAACGAAGUCUUCAAUGAUUUGAUGUACGAUAAGGAUAAAAAAAAAACCAAAGACCAUUGGGUUAUGGAUUUGGGAUGAAUCAUAAAGACGUGUUUGGAGUUCAUGCAUUAUUGCGAAAAAAAAGGGGCACUUCUUAUAACAGUAGCAAUGACCAGAUUAUGAAAGCUGAUUUUGCAAGGUAUAAGAGGCAUACCACAGACCUCUUAUUGAGACUGACAACACAGAUGACUAACGUGUUGGAUGCAGUGCGAAGCGGUAAUGUCUCUAAUGAAAUGUUAUAUGCUACUUCAACAGCAUUACGCUCCAUACAUGCUCAGAAUAUGGAAGAAUCAAAUGCAGAUGAUGAUGAAGAUGAAGACGAGGAUGAAGAUGACUUGGAUCUUUCUACUUGAUUGGGCAUGGAAAAAUAGCACAUAUAUUUUGCUCAUUGAAUAUGGGAAACAAUACAACAUACAUUAUGGAAUAGGAAUCCGUUUUUUUUUUUUUUUGGUUGACCAUUGUUACAAAUGGAGAUCGACAGUGAACUUAAUUUCUUGUUUAGACUUUUAGCAUUGUCGGCAAUUAUGAUUAUGUUAUUUUGAUGAUGAACGAAUUUUAAGUUUAUGUAUGGAUUGUCGGAGAUUGUGGUUUUGUUAUUUAUAGAAUGAGAUAUGUAGUACUACUUUUCUUAUUGUUUAA